GCGUCAGAACAUGAAGGUCCAGAUUAACGCCACGGGCGACACCAUCAUCAUGAAGUUUGUGCGUCCGAGUCCCGACGUGAAGCUGGAGGGUUACAUUCUGGGUUACGGCAGCAGCAUGUUCUCCAAACAGUUCAUCCCGCUGCCCGAGAACGGAGAACCCUAUGAGACGGAGCUGGACGCAGAGCCAAAGUACCUGGUGGCUGUCCAGCCAAUCCCGGUCAAUGACGUGAAGAAACACUGCACAGGGAAGGUGAACCUGGAGAAGCCGCUCCAUCUGGUGAUCGGCUCGGUCAGUCCUACCGCCGUGCUGUUGUCCUGGGGAAACCACCUGAAGACGCCGUACGAGGGGAACAUAAUGAACGAGUGUCUGGAGGACGGGUUCUAUACCAUCCGCUACAGAGAGAGGAACAGGAAGUGGAUCUAUCAGACAUGCCCGACUGGCGACACGGUUGUCGACAACCUCAAACCUAACACGCCGUAUGAGUUCGGUGUUCGCUCCAACAAGGACGACCGCAGCAGCAUGUGGAGCAAACUGGUCAUCCACAACACCAACAUGGGCAAUAAAAACACUCAGAAGCCAUUUAAGCUGAGAAAUCCUCUGGCUAAGCCUCUGAAACCUCUGGGCCCUCACACUCUCUUCCCUCCUCGUCUCGCACUGCACAACAGGACGCACCUCCCUCUCUUCCCCGGAGCUCCUCGCACUUCUUUUGCGCCCCCUGAAGGUCGUCAGGAGACUGCAGAGCCUAACUCUCCUCAUGUUUUACUCGACAAAGGAAACUCUUUUACAAACGACACCAUGAAACCAUCAGAGCGUCCUCCGGCCCUCCCCUCCCUCAUGUCCACCACAGCCCGUCCUGCAGACACCACAGCCUCCCCCAUCCUUAAACUAACCUCCGGGGAUGACUCACAUCAGGGACAGACUACUAAUGUGCCCGAGAUGACCUUUAACCCUGCCGCUUUCGUCCAAUCACAGGAUGAAUCAUCCCUGCUGAGAUCGGCUCAGGCCAAUGAGAGAGCCCAAACUAACCUCUGGGGUCAGGACAGCAAUCGGUCUCCUGCGCUGACUUUUCAGACCUACAACCCGGCAGCUCCCCUGCUGGUCAGAUCCAUGAGGCCUGCGUCCAGGAACCCUCUGUUCCCCUUCUCUAACAGACACCCCCCCUCCCCCUCUAGAGCCAGUACCUCAGCUCACAGCUCGGGGAUACUCGGGGUAAACGGACAGCCUCAUCGGGGGGGCCUCUCCCCACCUCGACCAGCCUUAUGGUCCAGACCUCGACUCGGUUCCCUCCCUCGUCCGUCUGUACCAAUCAGCAAGAGACCCAACCUGGUGGGGAAACCUGGAGACACAGAUAAAGUCAACAACUUGAAGCAGACGGACAAACUGCCCGUCCUGAAACCCAAAGUACCUCCAGCAACCGUCAAACCCACCAAACAGGAACGCAAGCAGACGAGCACCGCUGCCCCGACCACAGCCGGCGGUCGUCAGGAGACGUGGGAGGACUCAGAGCUCUUUCAGUCUCAGCCGACCUCUGAUGUCGACGCUUUGGGAAAAAAGCGUUACGUUGCUCCUCACGUCGUCUACCAAACAGGAAAGAAACCCGAUGAGCCGUGCUCCAUCACCUCGUCUCUCAACUACUUCCCUCAGGGCGAACGUGGCGACGCCAACGUGACGGCCCCGCCCAAGUCUCCGCCCUCUAACCUCACGGUGGUGACCGUGGAGGGAUGUCCGUCCUUCAUCAUCCUGGACUGGGAGAAAACCGACAACGACACCACAGAGUAUGAAGUCAUCUCCACCGCCAAAGGACCCGAUGGUGAGCAGGUCUCCAUCCUGACCACCAACCAGACUCACACGGCCGUGGAAAACCUCAAGCCUGAGAGCAGCUAUGAGUUUAAGGUGAAGCCAAAGAACGAGCUGGGCGAGGGUCCUCCCAGUGAGCCGGUCUCCUUCAGCACAGAGUCAGCGGACCCUCGGGUGAGCGAGAAUGUGUCAGGGAAAGACGCCAUCUGGACGCAGUUUCCCUUCAAGACGGACUCGUACUCCGACUGUCACGGCAAACAGUACGUGAAGAGGACCUGGUACCGCAAGUUUGUGGGCGUGCAGCUGUGCAACUCGCUCAGGUACAAGAUCUACCUGAGCGACUCGCUCACCGGUAAAUUCCACAACAUCGGAGAUCAGACGGGCUUCGGGGAGGAUCACUGUCAGUUCGUCGACUCGUUCCUAGACGGACGGACGGGCCGACAGCUCCAAGCCGACCAGCUGCCCUCCAGACCAGGUUUUUAUCGUGCCAUUCGUCAGGAGCCCGUCCACUUUGGACAGAUCGGAGGCCCCUCCCAUAUCAGCUACGUGUCAUGGUAUGAGUGUGGGACGCCGAUCCCCGGGAAGUGGUGAGAGGACUGGUGGUCUUUGGGGGGGAGGAGGCCCUGCCCCCUCCUCAGUGCUGUAAAAACAUGUAGAGGACAGACUGUCAGGGAGAAAUAUGUAAACAUGCCUCAUCUUAACUAUUUAUCAAACAACAGCAGGAAACAUGGAGGCGUGUCCUCUCUGCAGAGGGGGCGUGGCUAACUUACCAUACAAUGAUUUUGUUUUGUUAUAAAAGGGAAGCUGGCUCCCUGAAGACUAUGUUCUUACCGUGUGAGAUGUUUUAUUUAUCUGGUUAUAUUUCGACCGUCACAGAGUAUUAUGGGAUGUGUUACAGGGUCAGACAGGUACCUGCUGCUUUUACCUGGACCUCACCUAAAGACGGGGCUGGUUCUCAUGACGGGAAAAUAUUAAGAUUAUAUAUAUAUAUAUAUAUUAUAUAUAUAAGAUUAAGAUUUACUUUAUUGAUCCCGCAAGGAGAAAUUCUGUUUAAAACAGAAACAGAGAAGAAGAAGUGUAACGUUCGCUGUCGACCUCGUUGUUGACCACUGUUUUAUUCUGCCAUAAAGCACACAGGUGGUUAAUGACAGGUGUGACUCUGAGUGGGUAGCUGAGUCUACAGGUGGCGCUGUAGACGCUCCGUGUGGGCAUUAUCUUCUUCUUCUUCUCUUCAGGGUUUGAGGAUUGAUGAUCCAUGUGUCGGUGUCUCAAAGCUGAAAAGUGCUUUCUGUCCGUUAAUCUAACAUCCUGGUCCUCACCUGACUUAUUGUUCCCAUAGCUAGCAUGCUAAGUGGCUAAUGGUCUCAGACCUAUCAGGAGUUCUGUUCUUCAUAAAGGUUAGAACGUGACUAACACAUGAACACAAGCUACAUGCUAAUGCUAACUCUUCAUUAUCUCUCUUGUGUUUAAAUUUGCUCUGAAGAUUGUAAAUAAAGUUUCUCCACGAGGCUGGAUGAAGAUGUUUUUAUAAAAAUGUUUUUAUAUUCAGUGUCAAUAAAAACUUUUUUUUAAAA